CGGAAACUCGUUGAAUCGCUGCGAGUUUACGAUCAAACUAAACCGGGUUCAUCGGUUCGGUUUUUUUACCCGGUAGCAGAAACGUUUUUCUUUUUUAGUUUAAAUAGAAACCCUAACCCUAAUCACUCCAUUGUUCUUCUCUCUCUUUCUCUGCCCUAAACAAUCAUGAGUUCCAAAGCUUCUACUGGUUCCUUCUCUGGAAAUGGAAAUGCUAGUGUGGAUUCUGAGAUAGAAAUACCCAAGGAUGUUGCUGAUAAAGUUUGGGAGUAUGGUGUUUCAGUAGACGGAGAAGAUGCAAUCCAGUGCAAGUUUUGUGAUGAUAUUGUAACCGGUGGACUUUACCGGUUUAUUCGUCACUUGGCUGGAUCGGAACACGGCGGUGAAGCUUGUGAGUAUGGUUGUUAUGGUGAUGAUGAUGAUGAUGAUGAGGAGGAGGAGGGGUGUGCAUGUGUAGGAGUUGGUGAAAAAAGAAAAGGCGGUGAAGCGGUUGAUAAUGCUGGGAGUUCUGAAGGUGUUUGCAAGAAGAUGAGAGAUAGGGUUGAAGCCAAGAGUAAGGGGGUUUUGAGAGAGGAAGCGUGUGAAGCGAUUGCGAGGUUUUUCUAUGAUUGUGCAAUACCGCUUGAAAUGGUAGAGAGUAAGGAGUUUAUUGAAAUGUGUGAUGCGGUUUCAGGAUAUGGCGUUGGGUUUGAGCCACCGUCUUGCGAUGAGAUCGGCGGGAAGUAUUUGAGGAAAGCGGUUAAGUUGACGAAUGAUAUUUUGGAAGAACAUAGAGCUGUGUGGAAGGUAAGAGGGUGUAGCAUAAUGGUUGAUGCAUGGACUGAUAAGAAGAAGAGGAGUAUACUAAACUUGUUGGUGAAUAGUAUAAAGGGAACGGUAUUUUUGAAGACUAUUGAUGCUUCUGAUAUGUUGGAGUCGUCUGAGAAGCUCUUUAAGAUGAUGGAUGACAUUGUUGAAGAGGUUGGGGAAGAGAAUGUUGUUCAAAUUGUGACGGACUAUACACCGUACUAUAAAGCGGCUGGUGAGAUGUUGAUGGAGAAAAGGUCUAGGUUGUAUUGGACACCUUGUGUAACACAUUGCAUUGAGAUGAUAUUGGAAGAUUACGAGAAGAAGGUACCUGUGUACGAUGAGACAAUUAGAAAGGGUAAAAGGAUUACGACUUUUAUUUAUUCGAGAGCUUCUGUUGUUUCGCUAUUGCAUAACUUCACAGAAGGAGUAGAUUUGGUGAAACAAGCCAUUACUCGUUGUGCCACGUCUUACUUAACUUUAGCCUCUCUUCUUGAGAACAAGGGAGCUUUGAGACGAAUGUUCACAUCUAAGGAGUGGAAGUCGAGCCAGUUUGCGAAAACAAUUGCAGGGAGAUCUGCGGAGGAUGUGGUUUUGGACAAAGAGUUUUGGAAAAACGUUACGAUUUGUUUAAAAGGUGCAAAUCCUCUUAUUGACGUGCUUCGUUUGGUCAAUUCAAUCGGGAAACCAGCCACCGGUUUUAUUUAUGAGGCUAUGAAGCAAGCUAAAUUGGAGAUACUGAAGAAUCUCUCUAAAGGUUGCGUAGAAAGUCUUAUGCCUCUAUGGGAAAUCAUUGAUGAAAGAUGGGACAAACAACUCCACAACCCUUUGUAUGCAGCAGGCUAUUUUCUCAACCAACAAUUUCACUAUAGUUAUGGUUUUAGAGAAGAUAAUCUGAUGAUUGAAAGUGGUCUACAUCAUUGUAUAACAAGGAUGGUGACUGAUCCUGAAGAAAGGGCUAAGAUUGAAACUCAACUUGAUGAUUUCGAUAAACGGGCAAACCUUUUGGGUCGCCCAACAGCCGUAAUGACAGCUCGUGAUGAGGUUCCAUCAGUUUGGUGGGACGCUUUUGGAGGUGAACUACCAGAACUCCAAAAACUUGCGUGUCGUGUAUUAAGCUUGACAUGCAGUUCUCAUGGGGGUGAGCGUGAUCGAAAGGCCUUUGAGAUGGUACAUGCCAAGAAAAGAAACCUUUUGAGACAAAAGAACCAUAAUGAUGUUGUUUUUGUCACGGCUAAUUCUAAAUUGGCUGAAAAGAAGCAAGCUAAAGGAGUUAAACUAAAUCUGGAUGAUAUUGGAGACAUCGAAGGUUUAGAUGUAGACGACUUGGAUUUUGAUACUUCAUACCAGAAGUCUCUAGAUGAUAUGAUAUCUGAUUUGGAUGAUGAAUUUUCUAAUGGAGAUGAACUUGGAGAUGAAGAUGGUGACGGAGUUUUUAAGUCUUUCUCUGAUUUGAUUGAUGAUUUGCAUAAUCGACAUGUUAUUGAGGAUGAGGAUGAAGAUGAAGAUGAAGAUGGAGAUGAGGACGAGGACGAUCAAAUGGAAGAUUAUGAUUUAAGUUGAAAGAUUUUCUAGAUUAAAUACCUAGAGUUUAACUACUUACAAUUGGUAUGUUUAUGUCUUGGCACUUGUUAGAAGCUUAAUACUAUAGUUUUAGGUUUUAAUUUGUGACUUAUGAAUUGUGCGUGACAUUCUCGUGGGUUUUGAUUUA